AUGUUCAUUUCCCCUUCUCCUAUACCUUUUCCUACUAAAAUUAAACAAUAUGAGAUCAUAGCUGAUGAAGGAAAAUACAAAUCGAUUGUCAAGUAUUAUAUUAUUAUUUAUCCUUGUUAUAAUACAAUUACAAAAAUACCCAAAGUCUGUUUGAUUCAUACAGCGGUAAUGCCUUUAAUCAAUAAAAACCAACUCAAACAACAACAUAGAAAUUUAUUUUUAAUUCAUAAAGACGUUCGGCUUGACAAUAAAUUUUCAAUUUCUGAUAUAUGUUAUAUAAUGAAUUGUUUUCAAAUUCACUCUUAUUGUCUUUGGGAUGAUAAAAAAAUUAGAACAACAUUAACUUAUCCUUCAAAAUUUAAUGGUGAUAUUAGCAUUGUUGAUGUUUAUUUCCAAGAGGCUAUAAAGAAAAGAAGUAUCAUUUUUAAUGGAAGUCAUUUUACAGAAGAGUCAAUCAUUUGGUUAAAGGACAACCAAGUUGAUGUUCCUACAAGCAUUCGUAGUUAUGAAUACAAUGCAAAAAUUAUUGAACUUCUUUCACAUGAAAGAGUUGGAGGAAAUGUAUUAUUGCUUGGAAGUGGUACUGGAAUACUCACACUAGCAAUUUCCACAUUAAAUACAAAAGAUAGGGUCUUUAAUAUAAUUAGUGUAGACAUAGAUCCUGUUAUGAAAAUGAUUGCUGAAAGUCAUGGGUAUAAUGGUCAAUUUAUUGUUGAUGAUGCAAUUCAUUUUCUUCAAUCAAAUAAAGAACAAUAUGAACAUAUCUGUUUAGAUAUAUCUAACGAUAUAACCUCUGAAGUAAUAUCUCCUCCUCUUCAUUACAUAUCAUCAGAUUUCUUCAAUUUAUUAAAACUUCAUUUAUCUAUUAAUGGUAAGGUAUAUUUUAAUAUAUUAAUUACUAACUCUUUUAUUGAAAAAGAAGUGAUUCAUUUUAUUAGUGAACAUUUCUUACAAACAAAGACAUACUCAUUUGAACUUAUAUCUAAUAAGGUAUUAGUAUGUGAAUAA